CUUCCGGAGCCGUAGUGGAGCGGAGGACUGGCCGGCGAGGCGCCAUGGAGCAGGAGGGGGCGGCGCGCCAGCCUGGGACUGGCCAGAGGGUCCCCAAGGAUGAGAAGGAGACCCUUCGUCGAGCUAUCCAGAAGGAGUUGAAGAUCAAGCAGGGCGUGGAGAACAUGCGGUGCGUGGCCACGGACCGACGCCACCUGGGCCACGUGCAGCAGCUGCUGAGGGCCUCCAACCGCCGCCUGGAGCAGUUGCACGGCGAGCUUCGGGAGCUGCAUGCCCAGGUUCUGCUGCCGGCCUCAGCCGAGCCAGUGGCCUCAGGACUGCAGCCACCACAGACAGAGCAGGCAAGAGCUCGGCACUUGGAGGCUUUACAAAGGCAGCUGCAGGUAGAGCUGAAGGUGAAGCAGGGGGCCGAGAACAUGAUUCACACCUGUGCCAGCGGCACCGCCAAGGAGAGGAAGCUCCUGGCAGCUGCCCAGCAGAUGUUUAAGGACAGCCAGCUGAAAGUGGCGCUGCUGCGAAUGAAGAUAAGCAGCCUGGAGGCCAGCGGCCCUCCAGAGCCAGGUGAGGCCUCAGAGCAGGAAGGGUGGCGCCCCGGGGCCAGGGCUAAGGGCUCAGCUCACCUCCUCCCUGCAGGCCCCGACUUGCUGGCGGAGGAGCUGCAGCACCGGCUUCGAAUUGAGACUGCUGUGGCUGCAGGGGCCAAGAAUGUGGUGAAGCUGCUUGGUGGCCAGAGAAUGCAGGAUCGCAAGGCACUGGCCGAGGCCCAGGCCCAGCUCCAGGAAUCUUCCCAGAAACUGGACCUCCUUCGGCUGGCCCUGGAAUUGCUCCUGGAGAAGUUGCCUCCCACCCACUCUCUGCGCAGCAGGGUGACCAGAGAGCUUCGGACGGCCCUGCUUGGGAACCCCCAGCCUUUGGGGACACUUGUGAAACCCAUUGCCCUGACAGGCACGCUGCAGGUCCGCCUCCUGGGCUGUGGACAACUGCUGACGGCUGUGCCUGGACGCUCUCCCAUGGCUGCCCUGGCAGGUAGCCCGUCUGAGGGCUGGCUCCGAACCAGGUCCAGGCAGCAGCGUGCUGGAGGUGAACUAGCCAGUGAGGUACUGGCUGUGUUGAAGGUUGACAACCGUGUUGUGGGCCAGACAGGAUGGGGACAGGUGGCUGAGAAAUCCUGGGACCAGGCUUUUACCAUCUCCUUGAACCGAGCCCGAGAGCUGGAGAUCGGGGUUCACUGGCGGGACUGGCGACAGUUGUGUGGUGUGGCCUUCCUGAAGCUGGAGGACUUCCUGGACAAUGCCUGUCACCAACUUUCUCUCAGCCUGGUGCCUCAGGGGCGGCUCUUUGCCGAGGUAACUUUCUGCGAACCUGUCAUUGAAAGGAGGCCUCGGCUGCAGAGGCAGAGACGCAUUUUCUCUAAGCGCAGAGGCCAGGACUUCCUGAGGGCUUCCCAGAUGAACCUCAGCCUGGCAGCCUGGGGGCGCCUGGUCAUGAGCCUGCUGCCCCCCUGCAGCUCACCGAGCACAGUCAGUCCCCCUAAAGGGCGGCCUCCAGCGGCAGCCUGCGGGACCUCCAACUCUGCCUCCCCCAGGUGUGCACCUUGCCCGUCUUCUCCUUCGCACAGUAGCUUCCUGCCCACAAAGACUCUCUCGGAAAAAGACAUGAAGCCUCCACCCAAGCCCCCGCGCCUCUAUCUGCUUCAAGAACCAUCCUCGGGAACUCCUAGCUUCAAGCGCCCCCACAUGGACUCUAGAACUGGAGCAGUGCCCGCCAUGGCGGCCUUACCCACCAGGAAACCCCCCAGGCUUCAGGACUUCCGAUGCUUGGCUGUACUGGGCCGGGGCCACUUUGGGAAGGUCCUCCUGGUCCAGUACAAAGGAACAGGAAAAUACUACGCUAUCAAGGCACUGAAGAAGCAGGAAGUGCUGGGCCGGGAUGAGAUUGACAGCCUGUACUGUGAGAAGCGGAUCCUGGAGGCUGUGGGUUGCACAGGGCACCCCUUCCUGCUGUCCCUUCUUGCCUGCUUCCAGACCUCCAGCCAUGCCUGCUUUGUUACUGAGUUUGUGCCUGGAGGAGAUCUCAUGAUGCAGAUCCACGAGGAUGUCUUUCCUGAGCCACAGGCCUGCUUCUACCUGGCCUGUGUGGUCCUGGGGCUGCAGUUCCUACAUGAGAAGAGGAUCAUUUACAGGGAUCUGAAGCUGGAUAACCUUCUGCUGGACGCCCAGGGAUUCCUCAAGAUUGCGGACUUUGGACUAUGCAAGGAAGGGAUUGGCUUUGGUGACCGGACGAGCACCUUCUGUGGUACCCCAGAGUUCCUGGCCCCUGAAGUUUUGACUCAGGAGGCGUAUACUCGAGCUGUGGACUGGUGGGGCCUGGGUGUGCUGCUCUAUGAGAUGCUAGUGGGUGAGUGCCCAUUCCCGGGGGACACAGAAGAGGAGGUGUUUGAGUGCAUCGUUAAUGCAGAUGUCCCGUAUCCCCACUUUCUGUCAGUGCAAGGACUAGAGCUCAUUCAGAAGCUCCUCCAGAAGUGCCCAGAGAAGCGUCUAGGGGCAGGAGAGCGGGAUGCCGAGGAGAUCAAGGUUCAGGCAUUCUUCAGGACGACCAACUGGCAGGCCUUGCUUGCCCGCACCGUCCAGCCCCCCUUCGUGCCUACUCUCUGUGGCCCUGCAGACCUCCGCUACUUCGAGGAAGAGUUCACCUGCCUGCCUCCAACCCUGACCCCACCAGUCCCCCAGAGUUCCCUCACACCUCGACAGCAGGCCGUCUUCCGGGACUUUGACUUUGUAUCUGAGCAGUUCCUAGAGUCCUGAGGGUCUCUUGACACCCCUGUCAGACUGAGAACCCUCUACUUUUCCAUGUGCCCAGGGCCAGGGUAUUUAAUGAGUGUGUGGGCUCCAGUGGGCGUGGGGCUGCUGCUGGAGGCUUCCCUCGGUGUCCUGGAGUGAGCUGUCUCUAGCCCCCACUAACACUCUUCUACUUCCUGGUAGUACCCAGGCCAGGAAAGGCCCGACAGCAGCACAGUCCGCUUUGUUUUUUUAAUACUUGCCUUUAUAGAGCAUUAAAUUAAUAAAACUGUACACUUGAGGUAGCCAGGCCAGGGGUUGUGGAGCGCCCCUCUCCCACUCA